UCGCGCCGGACUACAACUCGCACUUCAUUGACAUACUGCAUCAGACAACAAUGGGAGCCAUGAGGGCUUUGUUCACCCUAUUAACUGUAACGUGUGCUCUCUCCGUGCAAUCGUCACCCUCAGAUUCGUUCAAAAGAAGCUCCAAGGUUGGAAGCAUAGUGGAAACAAUUGGCGCCGAGUUUUUUGAAGUACCUGAGCUAGGAGAUAUCAGGUUUACCUUCUGGGAGAAAUAUUACCCAGAGGAAGACAAGCCAAAGUACUCAUGCGGAAUUAAGUCUGAAUUUCCUGGAAACUUCACAAUGCAAUUUAAAAAACAAUCUGGAGAGACUUCCAAUGUAUUGGUUGAACUCAAAGAGAGUGACAAACACGAAAAAGAACCUGGUCCAUUGAGAGCGUAUUUCCCUCUAGAUAUAGAAAACAUAAGGCCCAGCUCAGUUCUGAUAGGAGUGUUAAAUGAUACAGUCUCCACUCCCGGAUUUGAGUUAGGACUGGUUGAAAUUUUGCCAAAACAGAGUAGAGGUCGCCGAUCUACUAAACGUGAGACUCAAAAAAUUCAAGAAAACGAAGAGGAAUCACUCGAUUACACCAAGUCGGUGGAUAAUGAGCGCACAAAGAAACAUACAGCUGAAAAGGAACAAAGAAAGGAAUUAGAUAAAUUGAAGCUAGUAAAGACUGUUCAAUCGGGGCCCCAGAGCAAAAAGAAUGGAAACAAAGAUCCGGAGUCUGAAUCGGAUGCGGAGAAAAGCCAGGACAAGGAGGCAAAGCACGAAAGGAAGCACAAGCGGCAGGAAAAAGCAAGUAGCAAAGAAAUUCUAUCUUCAAUCGCUUCUACUGAAGCAGAAGUGAAAGCCGAAAAGCGCCAAUGUGGAUCAAAAAAAGUUAGCGGAGUGAGUCAGCGUAAAGGUGGACCAAAAUUAUCCGGUGAAAAUAACCAACAGUCUGUAGCUCCCGAAAAGCCUACAGAAUCAGCAGGAAAACUGAAAUUGAGGAAAAACGUUUCAAAACCAACUGAGAAGAAAAAGUCCAAGAGCAUGAAAAGUAACAGUGAAAAAGAAAAUUUGUUAAAGCGCAGGGAAGAGUUGAAGGGACUUUUGGGUGAUGUUCGAGAGAGGCUGAGGAAUGCCGACAAUAAAGAUACAAAGAAGGCAGACAAGGAAAAUUGAGAGUUUAUAAAAAUGUACAUAAAUUUGAAUUGUAAUAAAUAUCUUGUUUAAAUUAUAACU